AUGCUGUGGCAGCUACGCUCCAGAGAUGUAGCGUGGCAGGAUUUGUUCUCGGCCUUUCAGUUGCAAGAUUUGGUACCUCUUGGAGUGUGGCAGCUAGCAGAGCAAUACUUGCAAGAUCCAGAGUCCAUGGAAGUCAGCUUUGAGGAAGCUUUGGCGUCUGUCAUGCAGCCUGAUCAAGGCAAAGCAUGCACGCCCAAGAAGAAAGGACCUGUAGCAGUGAACUUCUCUCCUCCGAAGCACGCUGAUGCCAAGAAAAAGGCACGGAAAACCAUCCAGGAUUGUCGCGGGGUGGAAUUUGGGAAGGCUCCACAGGCGGAGACAAAGCUCAAGUCCAAGCAACAGGAUGCAAAGCAAAAGGAAGCAGACAAAGCAUUGCAACUACUGGAAGGAGAAGGAGAGGUGACUCAGACUCAGGGUGAUGCAAAUAUCAAGCGGAAGCGCCACAAUCGCAGUUGCAGAAAGAAGGAUCUAUCCACUUCAGCUGCCAAGACUGAAGCUUUGCGUGCGUACUUCAGCCAUAUUGGUGCGUCAUAUACAUCCUUCCAGAUCAUCCAUUCGAGGCGGGUCAACAGGUGUCAGAUCGGUGGCUAUGUCAAGCUACAGCAAUUCCUACUCUCUGGAGACCCAAUCAAGUGUGCUGCUUGUGAGGAGAUGUUGAGCGUGCGCCAUUUUGAUGCUUCUAUGCUUCAAUCUGUGACCGACCACUUUGUAAGCGGAGGUUCUAGUGUCGAGACCUUUUUGUGCCAGCUAGAGAAGGCACCAAAGCCAUCAGAUGCAGAUGAUUCAGAUUUACUAGAGGUUCCACCAACGGCUGAAGAGACUCCAAAGGCUCAACAAGCGGGAAAGGAUCCAAAGGAUGCACAGGAUCCAGCUGAGCAAAGUCUUGAGGAAGAUCUUUCGGAUGAUGAAGAAAAUCCUGGUGAAGAUCCAUUUGCGUGGGCCAGAACCCUGUAUCCCACGAUCUCUUUGCUUCCUCCCGGCUCUCACGGGAAGCGCCUUCCGUACAGGUGCAACCUUUGCAAGACACGCACAUGGCCACAAGGCAAGGUAGGGGAACUGAGUAAGCCGAAGAAGAAAAGCAUCAAGCAUUUCAUCAAGCAGCACCUGAAGUCAAGUGCUCAUCAGCGUCGCGUGCGGGAAAUGCACAAGCUAGAAGCUCCUCCUGUCCCUGACCGACAGCUUGUUCCAUGCGAAGGGCUUGGGGUUGAUGACCCUCAAGUUAGUGGAGCUUUGCUCAAGUACUCCCGCGAGUUCUCCAUUUGGGCCCCGAUGACUAGCUCCAAGUUUCAGAAGAAUAUCUACUACAAGGAUGACUCUGGAGGUUGGUGCUGUAGGGCAAGCAACUGUUCUGAAAUGUGUCAGAGGGUUGCAACAAGGGAGCGGCAGGUCUGUGAGGAAUGUUUGAAGUUGGGCAGUGGCCACGGAGUGGUCAGGACACUUCGCCGCUUUGCCAUGAAGUACUACGCGGCAAAGUUGCUCAAUGCCAGGGUUUUCCUUGGACACGAAGAGACCCGGGCAGUCCAAGACGAAAUCACAUCCAGCCAGCUGCACAUUGACAACAAGCAGAACGUGAACAAGUUGAUGACGUUGAAAACCUGUGAGCUUCAACAAUUUGUUCGCCAUUGCUUUCUUUCUGCCAAUGAAAAUUGUAAGAAUGAAGUUUUCGACUCCUUUGUCGCAACAGUGGUGAAACCUGCGCUGCGCUGCGCCACAGAGAACAUUCCGGAGACGUUGAUGGAAGUUGCGUCAAGGUUCAGUGUGUGCUUGUCUUCAGGGGAGGCAUCUGAACAAGAUUUGCUCAACAUGAAAUUGGCAGCUGCAUCACUUUCCGGAAAGCUCGAGGCACAUCCUUUGAUCCAGGGCCUUUCCCUUCAGGUUUAUCGCAGGAUGGAGCAGCGAGAACGUGGAGUGGAGGAAGGACGAGGACGUCGGUCACACGAAACAGAGUUGGAAAAGAGUCUGAUAGCAGAAGCAGGAAUCCAACUAGCUGCAGCCGCUGGCAAUCCUUCUUUGGUGAAACUCUUUGGGAUGUCGACCAAGAAUGUCAGCCUGAACCUGGACCAACUCCAUUCAAUGUCCUUACCACGUCCGGCUUUGGCCAUGAAGUAUCCGGAGGUCCUCAAGGAGAACUUCAAUCUCAUCAACCAAAGGUUUCUUCCUGCCCCACAAGCUUCCAAGCGCCGUUUGCUGAUGGCCUUUGACGCCACGUAUCUCAUUCCCACGAUAUCCCAGCUCAUCAUUGGAGGUGUUCAAGGACUUGUUGGAGGUACUUGGUCACCGUUCAUUGAGUCCAGUGGCUUUGUGGAGCUCACUGAUGAUGUGGAUGUUGCCAAAAUCAACCGUGCAUCUACAAUGCUGGAAUUCCUCUGCUGGGAUCCAACAUCAUCGAAAAGAUACGCGCUGAGUGUAGCAUCAGCUCCAAUAGAGCAUCAGUUUGGGGGACCUGGUGCGAGCAUGCGUGGCAGUUGGUACUUCAUGGAAGUGGUGGGCAGGGUGCUUGAGGCAUCUGAGGCGGAAGGCGUCAUCAAGGGCAUCGUGUUUGACGCCUAUACAUCCCACAACCUUAUCAGGAGGGUGAUGCACGGACAGUUGCAAGGCAUUGACAACGAGAGCCUCAAAAGCGUGCCAUGGUUUAGCAAGCUCACGUACGAGCCCUUGCCAGAAUCCACGCUUCCGAACCCGCCCAUCGCGGUGGCCAAGUAUGAGGGCCAGGUUGUCCACGCAUUUUGUGGCCAUCUUUGUUUGGACCUGUUCUCUUUGCUAGCUGAUGACAUCUGUCAGCAAAUGAAGCUGCCUCGAGGUUCAACAUUUCUAGCGCCGCAGACUGUGAGCUCGCUGCAAAGUUGCGCCCUCAACACGGCACUCUUGUGCUUCACAAAGGACACUGGCUUCAGCCCGUGGAGCAAAGGUGCUGGAUCUCUUUGUGAGCUACCUAUAGAGCAUUUCUUUGGGCGACUUCGUUGUCAGCAAGCCAACGCUCAGCUGACCAGUCGGCAGUUUUUGCAUGCUGGAGCACGAGACGCCUGCCAAAUGUCAAAGAAGCUCAACAGUCGGCGCAAGAUGGACCAUGGUCACCCUGAAACGUGCUUGUCCGAGAGCGAGUUUCUAGCCAUAUGGCUACGGCCAAAAACAUAA